GGACUUUUUGAGUGAACAUGACCAUGUCCCAGGGGCGUCAUACAUGGACACUGGCGGUAGCGGUGACAGUCAUGUCCAAAGAGUAUGACUCAGUUCCGACUAUUUCAACGUAGUGUUGCCCUUUGUUAUCUCUUCCGUAGACCGCCUCUUUGCAGAACAUACAUCACAAUGCCUGUUACCGUUAUCGCCGCCAAGCCAGCAACCGAAGAGGUAAAAGGAACUUUCAGAUACAUAGACAUUGGAGUGAAUCUAACUGACCCAGUUUUUCGCGGGGUUCAUUAUGGAAGGAAGAAACAUGAUGAUGACUUUGAAGCUAUGCUUGAACGGGCGCGCGCUGCAGGUGUCAAAUCCAUGAUAAUCACUGGAGGCAGUCUUCACGAAUCUCAAGAAGCCUUAAAGUUGGCAGAGACGCAUGAUCUUUAUGCGACCGUUGGCUGUCACCCAACGCGCUCGGGAGAAUUCGAUAAAUACCGCGGAGGACCAGAGGCCUACCUGAAAGCUCUUGACGAGCUACUAGACAAACGAACGCGAGGAAAAGGACGUGCUGUUGCCGUCGGAGAGUGCGGUCUAGACUAUGACCGCACGCAUUUUGCAUCCCCGGAGACUCAGAAAAGACAUUUUCGCUCUCAGCUGGCGCUAGCAAAAAAAUAUCGCCUCCCUUUGUUUUUGCACUCUCGUGCUGCACAUAAGGAUUUUGUCUCCAUACUACAAGAGGAAGGCUUCGGUGAAGACGGGGGGAGAGCAGUUGGAGGUAAAGGUGGUGUAGUUCAUAGUUUUACUGGGACUGUCGAAGAAUUAAACGAAUUGAUGAAUAUGGGUUUUCACAUAGGCGUAAAUGGGUGCUCACUCAAAACCGAAGCUAAUCUGCAAGCUGCCAAAGCUAUUCGUCCUGAGCUUUUCAUGUUAGAGACAGAUGCACCUUGGUGCACCAUGACCUCAACACAUGCAUCGAAACCCCAUCUAAAUACGCUCCCAGCUUCCUUGCAUCCACUUUAUUCUCCACCAGCAACGAAACCAGAUCAAUUCAUCUAUGGCCGACCGGUGAAGGGUAGAAAUGAACCGUGUGCGAUUGGAGGUGUUGCAUGGGUGAUUCAUAAACUAAACGGUGUCCCUUUUGAGAAGGUUACAGAAAAGGCAUGGAAGAACACCGUGGAACUGUUUGACCUAGAAGAACUGAAAUGAAUGGUGAAUAACCGGUACAUCUUUCGGUUACGGGUGUAUAGAGCUAAGGCCUAGAGAUGCUGCUUAUAAGCACGUAGAAUAAACGCACAAUGUGUCUUGGCUCUUGGUACCUUAUGUUGCUGAAUUGUUUAUGCCAUCUGACGCACUGCGGCGAGGCUAGCGGACUUAAAGUGGCAAACUAAUGGUCACGUGCCCGGC